UGUACUUGAACGGUAGUUUGCUGUUUGGCAGCUUUAAAUAUAUCAAAACAGAACAAAGAGAAAGACUCAGCACUGCCAUAAAAGAAGAGACUUAACAAUAAAGCGAGGGAGAAUUCUCAGAUUGAAUUACAAAAGGACUCUGCUAAUGUUUUGGGUUUUUUUCAAAGAGAACACAACACGCUGACUCCGGAGAAUUUGCAAGCAUUUCUAUUUCUAACCACCGAAAGUUUGUUGGGACGACUCUUGAAUUUUAAUGUUCACAUUUCCACUUCGGCCCCAAACUUUGGACUGCUCAUGCUUUCAAGGGACUUUUGAGUUUUUAUUCCUCCAUCUCCAAGCCCGAAUGCUGUAAAUGCACGCGGAUUUUAACCAGUUUUCUCACACCUUCUUUUUGGUGGCGUUUUUACGCACGCAUGUUAUUUGGCAAGCCGUACUUUCUCAAGUUUGAAUAAUUCAUGAGAUACAAUUUGCCCGCACGAAAGAAGUGACUGCAAAAAGGGAGGGGGCUAUCCACAAACAUAUUCAUAAGGCUUGACGGAAUGGCCACCGCGGCUUCCAAUCCUUAUCUGGCCAGCAAUACCAUCCUCUCGUCCGGCUCCAUCGUGCACUCUGACUCGGGAGGCGGUGGCAUGCAGCCUGGCAGUGCUGCUGUUACCUCGGGCUCCGGGGGCUACAGAGGGGACCCCUCCAUCAAGAUGGUGCAGAGUGACUUUAUGCAAGGCGCCAUGGCAGCGAGCAACGGGGGACACAUGCUGAGCCAUGCCCACCAGUGGGUGACGUCUCUCCCCCACGCCGCCGCCGCAGCUGCGGCCGCCGUGGCCGCAGCCGAAGCGGGGUCUCCCUGGUCGUCGAGCCCGGUCGGCAUGACUGCGAGUCCGCAGCAGCAGGACGUGAAGAACCCCGCCAGAGACGACCUGCACACGGGCACGGCGCUGCACCACCGGCCGCCUCACCUCGCCCACCAGACUCACGCCGGGGCUUGGGGCAGCACCACCGCGGCGCACAUUAACUCCAUAUCCGGUGGGCAGCAGCAGCAGUCGCUGAUUUACUCCCAGCCUGGGGGGUUCACUGUGAACGGCAUGCUGAGCCCCGGGAGCCAGAGCCUGGUGCACCCAGGCUUAGUGAGGGGCGACACGCCGGAUCUGGACCACGGCAGCCACCACCACCAUCACCAGCACCAUCCUCACCACCAGCACCACGGCGGCGUCAACAACCACGACCCGCACUCGGACGACGACACGCCGACCUCGGACGACCUGGAGCAGUUCGCCAAGCAGUUCAAGCAGCGGAGGAUCAAGCUGGGCUUCACGCAGGCGGACGUGGGCCUGGCGCUGGGCACCCUCUACGGCAACGUCUUCUCCCAGACCACCAUCUGUAGAUUCGAGGCUCUGCAGCUCAGCUUCAAGAACAUGUGCAAGCUGAAGCCGCUGCUGAACAAGUGGCUGGAAGAGGCCGACUCGUCCACCGGCAGCCCCACCAGCAUCGACAAGAUCGCGGCGCAGGGGAGGAAGCGGAAGAAGCGCACGUCCAUCGAGGUGAGCGUCAAGGGGGCCCUGGAGAGCCACUUUCUCAAGUGCCCCAAACCCUCGGCGCAGGAAAUCAGCACCCUGGCGGACAACCUGCAGCUGGAGAAGGAGGUGGUCAGAGUGUGGUUUUGCAAUAGGAGACAGAAGGAGAAGCGGAUGACGCCGCCGGGAGUGGCGCAGACGCCGGAGGAUGUGUACUCUCAGGUCGGCAAUGGGCAUUUUUUAGUAGAUUACUUAAAAGAUGCGAGUGAGGCGAGCGACCAGAGGGUGACAACCACAAGUUCAUUCCACCAGGUAAUUUUGGCGCAUUAAGAAGAGACCCCCUCAUCCCACAGCACCAUCAACUGUUAUUAUUAUUAUUAUUAUUAAUAUUAUUAUUAUUAUUAUGCCCCCCCUCUCCUACCCUGCCAAACAACCGCCACUGUCCUGGAUGUGUGUGGUGUGUGUGUGUGUGUGUGUGUGUGUGUGUGAGAGAGUGCGUGCGUGCGUGCGUUUGACACAAAGGGCCAAUCUUUUUUAGAAAAGAGAACAAAAUGAAGAUCCACAACGCUUCCUUCUUUUAUUUCUCGCCCACAUGCGAAGGAUCAGGGAUUUUUUUCCAUUGGAAAAACAAAACACACACACACCGGAAGAGGACUAACCCCCUACCCCCACCCAACACACCUUGAAAAAAAACAUUCAGAUCUCAAAGAUCUCCCUUUCACGUAUUUUUUCAUUUUUGUAUUAUUUAACGGAUGCUGUUGGAUUCGUCCCCCUUUUUUAAUUCCAAGAAAUUGAGACAUUUGGAAAGACUUCAGCUGCACUUAUUUGGGUGGGGGGUGGGUGUGUGGGGGGGUUGCCAAUCGUGACUGUGGACGUCCUCCGAACGCUGCCCUUUCUCGGCAGUGCUCUUUGCUAGCUUUUAAUAAACCAACAACUCUGUCACGUCGGCAAUAGAUCACUAGAUCACUAGAUCACUAGAUCACAGUGGAUUGAUGACUUUAUAUUUUUCACCACGAUGCUUCUUUGGCUCGGGAUGCGUAUGAAUUAUUCCAAACGGUAAUUUAUUGGACUUGUGUAAAAUGAUUUUGUUUUUCCUUCUUUCUUUGUUGACAUUUUGAUGGGGUAUUGGGGGCAUCCUGGAGGAGCACAAAUCAUCCCAAGAUGAGCGUUGUUAGGGUAUAUUUUUGAUGUGAUCAUUUGAUUGUAAUUUAAUUUCAGUAGUGGUUCCGUACGAGCUGAUUGAGACACAAUAAAUUUGUUAGAAUGAAAUGCA